CUCAUCCAGAAAAAAUUACGCGCGCGACUGUAUUAGUCUAUGUUUCUAAACAUGGCAGGUCGCAGUGGAUACGAUGAUGGAAAUCCGAGGGACUUUGGAGGCGGCAGGAGGACGCUGGGAGGGCGCCCGCUGCCCACAGAACCUCCCUACAAGGCGUACGUGGGAAACCUUCCCUCUGGAAUCAUCCAAGGCGAUAUUAACAGAAUUUUCCCAGAUCUGAACAUCAAAAAUGUGAGGCUGGUGAUGGACAGAGAGACGGACAAGUUCAAGGGCUUUUGCUACGUGGAGUUCGAAUACCUCGAGGACCUGAUCAAGGCUAUUGAAAUGAACGGCGCGCUGAAUGUCGAUGGGAAUUUUGUCAAAAUCGACGUCGCCGAAGAGAAACGGAGUGACAGGGGCGGUGGCGGAUUCGACCGCGGCCGACGGGAGGGCGGCGGUGGCGGAGGUGGCGGCGGCGGUGGCGGCGGUGGGGGGAGACGCGAGGACCGCGAGGGUGGCGGGGGGCGCGACCGCGGCUUCCGGCGCGACGGCGGCGGUGGUGGUGGCGGCGGCGCUGGCGCGCGCGGUACGUACGACCACUUCGACGCGCCCGACCGCCGCGACCGCGAGCGCGCGCCUCGGCACCCGGGGGGAGGGUUCACACACGAGCGUGACCGAGGCGGGUCAGGCGCGGGCGAACGGUGGGGCGACCGCGAUCGCGAAGGUGGAGGUGGCCGCGAGGCGCGCGGGGGCCGUGGGGCCUCAGAGGAACCGCGCGGCGCCGUCGAGUGGGGCCGAAUGGGCGGACAGAGGGGCCAGGCGCCGCCGCAGGCCGGGCCACGGCCACGACGUAACUUCGACGACAUGCCCACGACGCGUCCAGACACAUCAGGCAGACCAAAGCUGAAGCUAGAGCCGCGGACGGUGAAGGAGCCGGUGAACUCGCUGGCGACGACGAGCCAGGCGCACUCAAUAUUCGGCGGCGCGCGGCCGCGGGAAGAACGGCUCAAGGAGCUCUCGGGCGAGUAGAGCCCCGACCUGGCGUGCCGCGCUGGGCCUCUGGGGCCUCUGGGGCCUCCCCUGUGUGUACAUGUAUCGUCCCUCGCCCGACCCCUCGUGUGCCCCGAUAUUUAAAGUGCAGAUUGUAUAUGAACUCGAGUUUUUGUUAGGUUAUGAGGUUGUAAAUCAUUUUUAUCGUAUAUUUUGUUAACUUUAUUAUGUGUAUCGAUGAGCUUAUUAUCGUUUUUAGCGCUGGUCGUGCCCUUUUUGAGCGAAAGGAUCGGUGGUAGCUCGGCUUGUUGGCAGUAUUUAAAUUGCUAGUGUUACAUUCGUCUCUUCUUCUAAAUCGUCUGGGCAUGUGUGAACGAUAAACUUUGUGCAUAGUAUUUAAUAAGUUUGAAAUUCAACUCCGAGGAAUAAAUUUUUUCGUUCAUUUUGUUAUUAUGCUUUAUGUAACAAUAAAACAUAAUAUUAUUUUUAUUUUUAAUAUAGCUUGUGGCGAUUUUUAGAGAGCUUCGUAAUUGAUUCUCUGUUGUAAUUGUUUAUCAUUUAUUGAUUGUUUAGUUGGUUAGGUCGUGAAAUUAAUCAUUGAAUGAGUAAUUAUGAACAUAAUGUAAGAGUUGAUAAUACGGUGAUGUAAUUACGGUGUCAUUAAUAAAUUAACUUCCACGUACUUGGAUUUAUACU